ACUACAUAGUUGCUUCCCUUGAUCUCCCGCCAUUUUUGAUUUAGUAAACAAAUAAAAAUUACGAAAAAUGAGUAAAUCUAAAGAUGCUCAAGCUGGUGUUGCAGUACUUGAUUAUUUGAACAAGCAGAAUCGACCAUACAGUGCUAUAGAUAUCUGCAAUAACCUACAUAAGGAGUUUGGUAAAACAGCAAUAGUGAAGGCAUGUGAGAGUCUGGCAGAAUCUGGCAAGAUCAAGGAGAAGGUGUAUGGAAAACAGAAAGUCUAUGUGGCUGACCAGUCACAGUUUCCAGAGGUAGAUGAUUCAGAGAUCCGAUCCAUGGACAGUACUAUAACAGAACUGACACAAAAGUUGCAGACAAAUCUAGAGGAAGUUAGAAGACUGGAGUCGGAGUUAAAGAUGCUGAACAGUUGCUUGUCAACAGAAGAAGCACAGAGACAGUUAACUGAAGCUACCUCACAGUGUGCCCACUAUAAGAGUAAGCUGAAACAGCUGAAAGAAGGUGGAAAUGUUGUGUCUCCUGAGGAGAAAGAAAAGGUUUAUGGAGAUAGAAAAAAGUUUGUUCAGGCUUGGAGGAAAAGGAAGAGAAUGACAAAUGAUGUAUUGAAUGCCAUACUAGAAGGAUAUCCAAAACCAAAGAAACAGCUUUAUGAAGACAUAGGGAUAGAAACAGAUGAAGAUUAUGAUGUCAAGCCACCAGAUUUAUGAAGGGAUUGUUAAUUUCUUGUGACUGUUGAAUUUUAUUUGUUUAAAGCUUGUUUUAUCAGGGACAUUGUGAAUAUGAUUAAAUAUUUAAACAAAAUU